CAGCCUCUCUACGCUUAAGCCCUUUGAUUCUUAAAGAAUGCCCUACAACAAACCGUUCACUUCGGCAAAGAUUAAGUUACUCUGUUUUUUUGUCUGAUGUGCUUUUCCUUCCUGAGAACAGAAGUACUAAUCAGGUGUGAUCUAUUGUGGUGGCUGCAAGACUAGCUUGUCUGCAGACCAACAAGACAGUGCUCUCAGUACCAGUACGGACAAGCUUUCUGAUCAGGAUGACGAAUAAUAUUGAAAACAGUAGCUGUGCUCUGUAUAAGACUCAAGAUCAGUUUGGAGCUUGGGACACUGCUGGAUGUAAAGAGAUAACCAGUUCCAAUGGGAGAAAAGAUUGCGAAUGCAGACAAUUGGGCCACUUUGGAAUACUCUUUGAUUUGAAUCCAACGUCAUUACCUGAAAAUCUUGCAAUUGCUUUGAGCACCAUCACAUACAUUGGCCUGAGCUUGUCUGUAGUGUGUCUUCUGGUGUUUAUAUUCACCAUUUUUAUCAGCAAGAAACUCCUCGCUGAUAAACAAAACCAGAUUCUCAUCAACAUGAGUAUUUCACUGAUGUUUCUGUACUUCACCUUCCUCAUUGGAGGGUUCACUGUUGGUGUCCCACCUCUCUGUGGGCUCAUGUCUGCCCUCCUGCAGUACUUCUUCCUAGUGUUUUUUUCCUGGAUGGCUGUAGAAGCUGUCUGGCUCUACCUCAAACUGGUAGUGAUAAUGGGAUCUCAGUCCCUCACCUCCAAGUUCAUGCUGAAGGCUGGAAUUCCAGCUUGGUUACUGCCCUUUAUGAUUGUUGUCAUCAGUGCUGGGGUGGGCUACCAAUACUACAGCAACCUAUACUACUGUCAUCCUACUGAAUGGCCUUUCUAUUAUGGAUUCAUUCUUCCUUUUGUCAUCAUCUACGUAUUCAACUGGUCCGUAUUUGUUGCCAUCAUGGUGUCCAUUUGCAAGCAUUAUAGAAACCUGCAGUCACUAAACGAGAGCUCCGUACUUCAACAGUUGAGGAAUGUUAAGAAGAACUUGGUCAUUGCAAUGUGUCUAUCAGUUGUACUUGGCCUGGGUUGGGGCCUUGGACUAGUAUCAACAAGCUCUGGUCUUGUGGAGCUGUCAUUCACAUUCCAAGUGAUAUUCUCGAUCUUUGUGGGUUCUCAAGGUGUGCUAAUUUUUAUUAUAUAUGGUCUUCGAAGCACUAACUUCCGCCAGACAUGGAUAAAACUCUUUAGUGGCUGUAGAUCAAACACUGAUAACUUUGUGUCUUCUGAGAAAGGAAAUACUAAUCCACGAGAUAAUUCUAGCACUGUCAGAGUGGAGUUAUCGAGCAUGAACACAUUACCAAGCAAACAGUAAUCCCCACAUAAUGAAGAAAAGAACUGAAGUAUAAAGACAAGAUAAGAUAAAUAGCUGAGUUUCUAGCUGCUUCAGUUACUAGCUAUAUACUUAGAAGGUUGGAGGGACAGUUAUCCCAUUUUUAUUGUAAUUACAGAUAUUGAUUUAGCAUGAACACUGAA